AUGAAGAUCGUUUGAUAAAGUUUUUUAGGUAAAGAUCUACGCCAACAUUUAAAUACAAGAUUUCCAAAGAAUUCUCCAGACUGUGAAUUGCAGAAUACAGUCAGGGAUAAUUUAUAUCUUAGAACAGUGCCAUGCACAACAAGACCUCCAAGAGAUGGGGAGAUCAAUGGCGUGGAUUACACUUUCCUUACUGUUGAUGAGUUUAUGGCAUUAGAGAGGUCUGGAAAUCUCUUAGAAAGUGGAAUUUAUGAAGGUAACCAUUACGGAACUCCCAAACCUCCUGAAGAAUGUCCUGUGUCAACAGUGAGACCUAGUACUAAUUUCAACCAUACAAAUAGCAAUAACGUCAUACCUGGAAUCCAUCCAUCUUCCGAAGGAAAAAGACGAAGGAAUCGGUCUAGUGUUGAAGCAAUGACUGCCAAAACUAGUGGAGAACAAACCGAAUCAUCCAAUUUCAGUCAUUCUGGGAAAAAUAUAGAGUCCUCCCACAUUUCACAAGGAAAAAUUUCUGAUGAAAUAAAUAAGUCUAUUAAGAGUUGUGCUCCAUCUGGAUCUGAUGAUGACUUGGGUCCAUUACCAGAGAACUGGGAAAAGGCUUAUACAGAAGAUGGUGAACCAUAUUUUAUCGAUCAUAAUAAAGGAACCUCCCAGUGGCUUGAUCCUAGACCAAAAAAUAAGAAGCCUGUUACAGAGUGUGAUGAAGAUGAACUUCCAUAUGGAUGGGAAAAAAUAGAUGAUCCUCAUUAUGGAACAUACUAUAUUGACCAUGUGAAUAAAAGAACUCAGUAUGAAAAUCCAGUGACGCAAGCAAGGAAAAUUUCAAAUGACUCUGGGCAUAUUGAUCAGGUAAAAAAUACUUCACAAGAAUCAUGGAGAUGCGACAAUGAAACCCAUCCAGGUGAAAGAGGCAGUGGUGUACCAUCUGAUAGUGGUAAUAUAGGAAAGCAUUCAGACCAGCAGUUUCAGCAAAGAAAUUCUGGUCCUGUUAAAGAUGAUAGAAGUAACAGAAAUGGACCACCACAUGCUGGGCUUAGAGGUUCUGGUUACAGUCCACCAUAUGUUUUCACUAGCAAUCCAGCUGAGUUGCAAGGCCGUAUGGUAAAAACAAGUCUUGUUAAAAGUGCUCGAGGUUUUGGUUUCACUAUUAUUGGUGGUGAUGAUGGCGAUGUUGAAGAAUUUCUCCAGAUAACUGCUAUAGUUCCACAUGGUCCUGCUUGGCAGGAUGGAAAGCUUAAAGUUGGUGACAUUCUAGUAUACAUCAAUGACAUAUGUGUACUAGGUUAUAGCCAUCAAGAUGCAGUAUCAUUAUUUCAGUCCAUUCCUCCUGGGGAAACUGUGCACUUGGAAGUGUGUCAAGGCUACCAAUUGCCAUUUGAUCCUAAAGAUCCUAAUACUGAAAUUGUUACUACCAUGGCAGUAUCUAGUUGUUCUCAUGGAAAUGGACCUAAUGGAUUCUGUGGCUGUUUGAAUGGAAGUGAAUCAGCUGAAUCUGCAACUCGUUCUGCAAAGUCUAUGCCCGAUCUCAGCACAAGGCCCUCAUUCUUGUCUCAGAGGCAUAGCAGUGCAGACCUUUUAAGUACAAGCAGUGGUGACCAUUCAAUUAGCACACAUGAUCUCAACCAUCAAGUACCUGGUAAAGCCGAUUUCCUUUCUGUUCAGAUUGUCAAGGGGAAAGCUGGAUUUGGUUUUACUAUAGCUGAUAGUGUUUAUGGACAAAAGGUCAAGAAAAUUUUAGAUCGAACACGUUGUCAACAUCUGCAAGAAGGUGAUAUUUUAGUUGAAAUAAAUGGGCGUAAUAUUCGUGGCUUGCCUCAUAGUGAGGUUGUACAAAUACUUAAAGAAUGCCCUUGUGAUGAAUCUGCACACAUCACAAUUCAGCGUGGGUUGCUUCCUAGAGUUACCAAGAUGAAAUCAGCAGAUGACAUUGGUGUUCGUCGAAGUGCAAGUAAUAAUUCUUCUCAUUCUUAUGCUCAUAGAUCAGCAGAAGCAUAUAAUACACCAGCUUCAACAAUGUAUCGUAGCAAAACACCUACUGCAGAUUUAUAUAGUUCUCGAGAAAAAGAAUCUGUGCAUGUCAAUAGGCCUAAAACUCCUCUUGUUGACACCAGGCAUUGGCCAAAAUCUCAACCAAUGCAGUCAAGCUCUGAUCAGGGGGAUCUAUCUAACUACAACCAAAUUCCUAAAGGAAAUAGUGUUUUAAGCAAUCAGCCUGAUUGUGUUCGAAUGCCUUCUAAUUCAGAGCCUGCUCAUCAUGUUGGUAAUGAUCGUGGUGCUGAUAGUGCUGUAAAUCGCCCUACUGGCUUUCCAAAUAGCUGGAAAACGGAUCAUCCUCCCACGUUACGAACUGCAUAUAGUGCUACUCUUGACAAAACUAGUGUAAAUCCCUCAUGGUACACAACUCUUGGAAAAAUAAGAGACACCUACUGGGCUGAUCACAGUAAAGACUUGAACAAAUCAGCCGAUUUCAGCACAGUGAACCAUUCUUCUGAAGUAUUAGACAAUGGUCCUAAUUCUCAGUAUAGUUAUUCUCAGUCUAAAUUGCCCCCACCUGUGCCACCACAUUCAAGAACAAAUUUCAAUGACUCGUUUGAGGAUAGUGUGUUUGUGUUUGCUAAUCAUUCAUGGAAUACCAAAGCUACGCCUGAUAAUACAUCAGCUAGAGAUUACGGAAUUGACUGGAAUGGGGGUGUUCAUCACCAAGGGCUUCCAAAUGAACAGUCUUAUAGGAGAACGAACUCUAUGCGUAGCAACGGUCCAUAUAGUCAACCUCCCAUUCAUUAUGGGCCGAUAUCCGGACCUAAUUGUCCUAAUGAACCAUUAACUCAUCAUGAACCAACUUAUCGCACCCUUUCUACAUCAUCUAUGAAUCCAUCUGGACAUUCGCCAAGUAGUUCACAUUAUGAUAGUUUAACAAGGAGGAAAAGAAGUACAUCUUUUGAGCAUGAACAUCCAUCUCCCGUAACUGCCAUGAAUAAAGCAGAAAAUAUAUAUUCAAUGAACUCAGUUUACCAGCAACCUGGAACAGUAUUAAGACCACCUAUGUUGGGACGAGUACCUGAAUAUGUUGACAUGACUGUAACACUUACACGGCAAGAAAGCGGUUUCGGAUUCAGAAUUGUUGGUGGUACGGAAGAAGGCUCUCAGGUAUCUAUUGGUCAUAUAGUGCCUGGAGGAGCAGCAGAUUUAGAUGGUAGAUUACGCUCUGGUGAUGAAAUCAUUUCUGUGGAUAAUCAGAUUGUUCUCAAUACAUCUCAUCACCGAGUUGUUCAGCUGAUGGGAAAUGCAGCUGCAAAUGGCAGGGUUACUCUAGGGCUUCGUCGAGGAGUAUCUUCUGUUGAUUCUGCAUAUCAUACUAGAUCUAUGGAAAGUAUCUAUCCUUAUGAUGUUACAGUAUCACGGCAAGAAAACGAAGGAUUUGGUUUUGUCAUAAUAUCUUCAGUUAGUAGAGCUGGAUCAACUAUUGGGAGAAUAAUUGAAGGUAGUCCUGCUGAUAGGUGUGGCCAGUUACACGUUGGUGACAGAAUUUUAGCUGUGAAUGGCAUUAGUAUUUUAAAUAUGCAUCAUAGAGACAUAGUAAAUCUUAUAAAAGACUCUGGAUACUCUGUCACUCUGACUGUUGGUCCUCCACAAGAUGAUACAUCUAGCACAACAUCAGCUUCACAGAGGGAAGAGAACUUUGUGGAACUGGAUGAUCAGUAUCAUGCUAUAGAGCUUCACAGAGGUACUAGAGGUUUUGGCUUCAGUAUUCGAGGUGGUAAAGAAUUUCAAAACAUGCCAUUGUUUGUGUUGAGAAUUGCUGAAAAUGGACCUGCUCACCAAGACGGCAAGCUUUUGGUUGGAGAUCAAAUAAUAGAAAUAAAUGGCAAGAAUACAAAAAAUAUGACCCAUGCAGAUGCAAUAGAAUUAAUACGACAAGGUGGUAAUACUGUGAGACUGUUGGUAAAGAGAGGAAAUCACAUUCCUCAGCAGACAAUUGAUGCUGCAAGUUCGGUGGCUGCAACUGUAAAUACUUUUCCUCAGCACCAUCCACCUUUGCUGACACCAAAUGGCCACAUAGGAGGCCCCAAUUCUCGAAUGGCAUCUGAUAACAUGUCACAAGACUAUUAUACUACGUGGGGCUAUGAGCAUCGCUAAUUUUCUAUCAACCAUCAUUUCUUUUUUUCCCCCCUGAUGUUAUAGCCUUAAUUUAUAAGGUAUUUUCUGCAAGAAACAAGGGAUCAAAAUGCUACAGGAUCACUUCCUGACAUCUCAUUUUGUACAAAGCCAUAUUCAUUAAUAUAAGAAGAAUUUUAUUCCUAAAGAAUAUAAUUCUUAAGAUGCUGGUAAAGAUAAGAUAUACUGUAUUGAAAUAUCUCAGAAUGUAAAAAUUCAUUUGUCACAUCAUCAAAUUCAAUUUAUCAAAUCUCUGCUGUUGGACAUUUUAACAAAAGUAAGCUAUUGUUAUGAAGAUAUUUAAAGUGACUUCAAGUUCAAACUCUGAUAAAAAAAAUACAACCUAAUAAAUUUUUCAUUACUGUAUUUAAAUUUGAAUUUUAGGUAUUUGUUUUUAAUGGUCUUAAUUAAAAGCAGUAUACACUAGCACUUUAAUAUUAAUACUGAAGUUCAAAAUUGUCAUACCACUCAUUUUUAUUAAUUGUAUCUCUCUGACCAUAGAAUGUUUUUUUUUUUUUCCCUGUACACUGCUGUGAUUAGUUGGUGCACAUACAUUACAUUAUUCUGGCAAAUGCUGCAAUACUUUAUCGUCUGCAUUGUAAUAUAUAUAUUGAAGAUUUUUUUAAAAAUUGUUAGUAUAUGUUUUCUCUUAUAUUAUUUAUAGCAUUUUAUUUGAAUGACAACAUAAAAGGCAUUUAUAGUGUUUAUGUGUGUUUGUGUAUUGCCUUUUUAAGUCUUUUGGUUGUAUACACUUUUUAUAUGCUGCAGUGUUAAGAAAUUUGGUUAAACAACACUAAAUUCUACAAGAUUGUAACAUUUGUACAUAGAGUAGUUUAAACAUUAGCAAAAAGUAUGUUCAAGCUCUGUGAUGUAUAUAUGUAAUAAUAUGUUUACACAUUCAAGUCAAAUAGUACAUUUUUAUGUUAAAAUGUCACAUUCUAUGUAAUAAUAAAGUGUCUGUUUCUGGCUUUACAUUUUCAGAAUUUAAAUUUGUUUGUACAUGUUUAAAACUUUAAAAUAGACUGUUUAUAAACUAUCAUCGAAAUAUAAAUAACUAUAGCCAUCCUUGUAACAUAAUGCUACAUAUUCUGCUUGUUUUCACUGAAAACAUUAUACAUUUUCUGUGCUCGAUUCAGUUUUGAUUGUUAUGAGAAACUCUUGUAAAUAGAAAAACCAUAUUUUAAAAGAAUGAAGGCUAAAGAAAAUUAAUUUGAUUUCAUUGGUUAUGUAAUUCUUCAGGAACAAGGAGUGCUGUAUAAUGAAAUUACAUUUCUAAUAAUUAUUGUUAUUUAAAUUCAUCUGAGGAAUAUGUGUUGAAAGGAUAGUAAUGGCAUUUCAUUCUUCUUUAUGGUUACUUUUUUUUUCCUAUUUAUAAUUGUAAUUUUUCCUAUUUUUUUAAGAUUGUUGGGUUUUUUACAAUCUGAUUUACAACAUUAAAAAUCUAUAGCAUAUUCCUUUUUGUGCAUUUCUUAUAUACAGUACAAAAUUGUAAACAAAAUUAACAUUAGAAACAGUACAAUUACAACAAACAAACAAUUAGUACAGAAAGAUCUUUUCAGUGUUUUUAGACUAAAUUAGAAAUAGUAAUUUCAGUCUAUGAUUAAAAUUGUCAUGUUUAUGGAUUGUCACUGGCAAAUAUAAAUUGAAACAAUUUUAUCAGAGGCACAUAGUGUAAUUUCACUAUAUACUAAAUGCUUCUUGUUCUUUAUUUCUGUUUAUUCCAUUUCAUGUGAUAUGUUUAAAUUACAUUAGGCAGCUAUGUUUAUAAAAAAAGGGUCUUAAAUUCUUCACUUUGUUUUUUAAAUGAAAACUUCAUUGAAAAAGACACAACAUCGACAUACAGUGAUCUUUCAUCAUAGCACUUGUGCAAUAAAAGUUUUUUACUUGUGCCUGUAUAAGCAAGUGGUGGUGAAAUGUAUAACUGUUUUAAUGUUAUACCAGAAAAGUAUACUAUUUUUUUUAAUUAAAAUUAAAGUCGAAUUUAUGUGAAAAUUUCUGUAGUAAAUUAUGUUUUGCAUGUCCUGUAUCCUCCAGUUAUUCUAUACCUUGUAUAUUCUAGAAGCUGUGUUAGGAUUUUGUGACCUACUUGUAGUUAAAAUGUAGCCUUGCUAUAUGAUGUGGAAAAAUGCAAAGUGUGCCUUUGAAAACCUAUUUUUAUGAGAAUUACAAUGUUGCAAUGAAUGAGUUUUCACACAAAAUUUGUGACUUUCAAAACUCUAAACUAAUUUUAGAUGCUUAUUAUUUUGUCUCAGGUGAUGAUGAUCUUGCCAUUUGUAAUCUGUCAUGUUUUUACUCAUAAUGUAAAUUAUAUACUAUGCACAGGAUUCUGAUACUGUUUUAAAUUAUUUUUAGUUAAAUAAUUUAAUCAAAGUUUUAAAAGUGACCUUGUAAAAAAUUUAACAGUUAGAGAAUUACUUUUAAUUAGAUUGCUAUAUGAAUGUUCCUGUUACAUGCUUGUAAAAAAAAAAGUUAAAAACUGUUUGAAUACAAGAGAAUAAGGCAUAAUUCAAAUGUGUUUUAGAAUUUAAGAAGUGUGUAUGUGUUUGUGUGAAUGUGUAUGAUGUGAGUGUAUCCUUUGGAAAUUCUAUUUUAUUCUUAAAUUUCUUUUUUAAAUUAUAAUAAAAGUUUAAAGUAUUUUUAAAAAAUGUACACCAGGUUAAUUAUUAUUUGUGAAAAAAUUGCAGGGAAAAAGGUAAAAACUGCAUUCUUUAAUUAGAAUUGUUUUUCAUACACAAAAUUAAAACUGUUUUGACUAAAACAUUGGAGUUGUAGUUCUGUUGUGGUUGAAGUCCUGAUGAAGAAAUCUAGUUAUCUAUCUAAAGAAAAUGUUUUCUAGUUACUGUUAGAUAUAUUGCAGUAAAUAUUAAUUUAACAACCCUGUUGAAACCAAAUAUUCAUGUAUUCCUCAAAACUCGCCUUUGUCUGCCAAAAAUAAAGAUGUAUUUUUUGUAUUUCA